AUGGACCCUACGUCGACUCAGUUCCAAUCGCCGCCCGGCCUGCUGGUUCAUGGACUGCCAAGCGGCCCUGCGCCGAACCCUCAGCCGGACCACCAGAACCCCCAUCUUGCCCUUCACCACAAUAUCUCCGUCUCCGGCCCUCCGCCGCAUCACUUCUCCCUGCCGACCCUGCCGUCCCAUGGCGAAAUAAGCCUCGGCGUGCUCGACGCCGCCAACCCUUCCGUCUUUCACCAGCACGCCCACCCGCAUUCGCAUACUCAUUCCCUGCCCGAGCUUCCCCAUCUCCCGCCCAACCCAACCGUCCCAAUCCUUCGUCCAACGCCUCAUCCGCAUUCGCUGGAAGCGCCGCCCUCGGUCACUGCUAAUCCACCCCCUCCGCCGCCGCCGCCGCAUUCGGCCCCUCCAAGUCAUGGCCCCCCCGGGAAUCGGCCGCCGUCGUUUGGUAUUACCCCGCCGGCACCUCUGCCGCCGACGAUUACCCAGCUUCAACAGGAUGACGAGUUCAAUAGCUCAGCUUCGAGCGGGACGCCGCUUGUAGUCGAGCCGGCAGAAAGCAGGCCACAUGGCCAGUUGGUGAAUAAGAUAGUCGUCGAUCCGCCAGAUCUAGAAGCCUGGCGUAACAAGUUCUUCAACGUCGAUGAAAUGAUACUCUUGACCAACGACGAGUUCGAAACCUACUUUCCCCAUAUCGAUAAUGUAUACUCGCAUCGCUCCACGCAAAAGUACAAGCGUAAACCGUUCGUGUCGCACUACUGGGAUUGCCGUAUGAAGGGCCGGCCUCCGGGCACGCCCAAAUCCAACGAUCCACUCAAGAAGAAACGGAAGCGGAGUGCACGGGAGAGAGACUUGUGCGACGUCAAGAUCAAAAUUACGGAAUACUUUCCUGGCGCUACUCUGCAGCUUGACGAUGGCGUCGGCUCAUACUCCACUCCUCAGCAGUUCUUUGAUUCCAACGGCAUGCCAAUCCAGCCGGGGGCGAAUGGGGAGAAGUUUUGGACAAUUCAGCGUGUAAACGGCAAUGGAGGGAAUGGAAAGGGAGAUGGUGUUGCUGGUCCUCAUAAACACACCCUGGAGAAAAGUGACGAGAUCAAAAAGUCCACGGUACAGAGGUACAUCAAUGCGCAGAAGAAGGAGUCCAAGAAGACCGUAAAACCCGCCCAGAAAAGGGCUUCGGGAGCUGCUUUGGUCACAGCACGGAAACAUGCCAAAGACCAUGAGCUGAAGCUCUAUGCCGCAUGCUUUUGUCCGUUUUCCCAGCGAGUAUGGAUCGCUUUGGAAGUAAAGCAGAUGCAAUACCAAUACUGUGAAACCGAUCCGUACAAGCGGACUACACAGCUUCUCGAGGCCAAUCCCCGCGGCACAGUCCCUGCCAUCCGAGAAGGUGAUUGGGCGUGCGGGGAGAGCUCCAUCAUCCUUGAAUAUCUGGAGGAUCAUGAUAAGAGGGUUCCUCUGUUCCCUACGGACCCACGACUCAAAGCUAACUGUAGAUUAUGGAUUGAUCAUAUCAACUCUACAAUUGUGUUAUCUUAUCUUGCACUGCUGAAAGCAACAGAUCCGUCACAGCAGAGUGAACAUCAAACUCGAUUAUCAAACGAGAUCUUGGAGCUUGUACAGGCUGCUGACGAGAGAGGUCCCUACUUUCUAGGUGCAGACCUGUGCCUUGUUGACAUUCACUUUGCGCCAUUCGUUCUGCGGCUUUCUCGAAUUCUUGCUGACCUUCGCGGCUGGCGUCAACCAGCUGCUAAUACGCGCUGGGAACAAUGGGUUCAAGCCAUUGAGAGCAACUCGCACAUACAAGCCACCACUAGCAACAAUGAUCUGUAUCUUGAAACAGCUGAUCUCUCAGUGACUGGUCAACAGCACAGUCAUCUUUUGUAG